AUGUCGCACAAUUCACAUGUAGAUUCCAUAAUGUUUUCUUACGCCACCAAUAAUACCGUUAAACUCAGCCUAGAGGAAUUUAGCUAUUCAACGUCUAUACGGAAAAAAUAUCGUAAUGUAGUGCCGAGUACACGAUCACCACCGGUAACAACUGACACAACGAAAACAACAUCAAACAAAAGAGAUCUGUGCGAUCUAUCGUACGUAGACAAUGUACUGGUGUUGAAUCAUCGCAUAUUCGUUACCUAUCGAAAAAUCAUGUGGAUGAUAGACGUCAACGGUAAGAGGUACAAAGGACCAAUUGCGCUCAACGAUUACCUACGUUUUCUUCCGGCGAAUGUUUCCAUAAACGCUGCGUAUCAACGACCAUCUGGAGAAAUUGUAGUUUUCGCGGAUAAUCAAAUUUACAUGAUAGAAUAUUCGAGUUUACGAUUGAAGGACGGUUAG